AUUUUAGUGAGAGAAACUUAAGAAAAUAUGGAUGGAUAACAGAAGGACACUUAAAAAAAAAGAAUCUCGGUAGUUUUGUGCUUCUUGCUCUAUUUUUGAUCACCACAUAAUGACAGAGUUGCUGCAUAUGAAAGUCGCCUCCCUCUCCAAUGGCUUAUAUAAACCUCUUCCUUUCUCCACGGGACCUCCUCGCUGGAUUCCUGGGAAGAUUCUAUCCUACCUACCGAAGUAUAUCUACCGCCUACCUUCUCCGCCACCGAGCUCUGCAGAAACAUGGACAACUACUCCUACAACUUCCCCUCUGACUGCACACCUCUAACCAACUGCAAGUCUGCCCGGAAACCGGCCGGUUCCACCGUGGUCAACAUGGGCCACAUGGGCAAGACCGCUCCUCGGGACUACCUGUUCUGGUCCCUGUGCAACACCUUGUAUGUCAACUUCUGCUGCCUGGGAUUCAUGGCGCUCCUCUACUCCAUCAAGGCUCGGGACCAGAAGACUCAGGGCAACCUGCAGCUGGCCCAGGAGUGCUCGGACAAAGCCAAGUGGUACAACAUCCUGGCGGCUGGCUGGAACCUGAUGAUUCCUCUGCUGGCCGUGGUCCUGCUGGUGCUCCUGCUGGUCCACUUGGGUUCCUCGCAGGGCUCCUUCGACUUUCUGGGAGAAGACGGAUUCCAGAACUUCCUCAAACUAUUCAGUUGGUAGACGGUGCGCACGGAGAAAAAAAACCACCAAGGCAAUUUGAUUUCAUCCGACACAAAAAUUACACUUUCUUUUUAUUUAUUUUAUUUAUGCAACAAUCAUCGUCUCCCAGCUAAUUCUUAGACUUCUUCGUUGCAUUCUUUUGUUGAAACACAUUGUACUGGUGAUUGAUCGUAGCCUUGUUUCCUUCAUAUUUACUCAAGAACGAACAGUGAUCCGCUUAAACUUUGUCUGAGAGAGUUUUUUUUGUAAACGGUCCUCUAUUAUGCAAAAAAUAUGUUUUAAUGAAGUUCUAACCAUUCUAGUCAAAUCAUGUUUAAUGUUUGAUUGCAUAUCAAUUAACGUACAAUAAAUUGCAGUAAAUAUGCCAGAUUUA